UUACUCUUUUCUGUCUUUUCUAAAUCCGUCGAUGGCUUCAGCCUGAUUGGUCGUAUAAGUCUGGGGAGCUCAGAACAUGGCUGGAGAAGUCCUGGGAACGGCCUUCUCUCUCUUGCUUCUUGCCUCAAUUAUACAAGGGCUCCAGGAUGUUGAGGUGUUCCAAAAUAAAAGGAUGGAAGCAGUAGUGGGCCAGAAUGUUACCUUACCCUGCACUGUAAAAAAGAGUCCUGGUCUGCAUAUUAGCAGUAUUGAAUGGAGCAAGAACAAUCCUGAAAACACAAAGCUGGCUGUGUACGUCCCGACCAUGGGACUCAAUAUGGUUUGGCCUAACAUCACCAUGCAGAUUGAGAACGUGUCGAUGGGCUACAAUCUUCAACUUUACCGGGUGACAACACAGGACAGUGGUCUCUAUACUUGUUCCAUUACAAGUUUUCCUCUGGGCAUACUCAGGAGAGAAAUACUGCUAGAGAUCAAAGAUGAUAUUAAUAUAAUAUGUGAUGUGGAAAGCGCAGUCAAGGUCCAUUCCAGAGAAAAUGUGACCAUUAAAUGCAGACUGUUCCCUGAUGCAAAGUACAAGUGGACCAAGAACAAGACGCUGGUGUCAGAGAAUGAAUCUCUGGAGCUCUCGUGUGUGUCUGAUGCUCACACAGGGGUUUAUACACUGACUGUCAACACAGGGAACAAAAGUCUGCAUAAAGAGUUCAUCAUCACGGUGCUAACAGCAACCACCAGUUUAAGGACAGAUCUUGCGACUAUGCCACCACAGUCUAAUGUAACUGAGGAGGGUUUGAUCGAACCAGAAGACAGCGGAUUUACCACAUCACCAACUACUGGGCCUUCAACAACUGACUCCAGUGUAACUUGGACCACGAAUAUGAGCACUGAUGUAACAGAUGAUAAUCUGAACUCCAGAAAUGUCACAGUUGAAGAGCAUGGUAGUAAGACUUCCAGAACAACAUAUGAGACGAGGAAUGAGUCCACAGGAGGCCAUACUGGGACAGCCCCAACUCUGAGCCCUGCAAACACAACAGUAGUCAUUGAGGAUGAAGGUACUGGUGGUGCACAGAGUCAUCUGUUGUUGUUGCCAAUCACCGUCCUGAUCCUGGUAUUGAUCGCUGCGGCUGGCUUUCUCUACUUCAGAAAAAUAAUGAAGGAGAGGAUGGAUCUACCGCCUACGUUCAAACCCCCUCCUCCUCCAGUCAAGUAUACAGCUGCAAGACACCAUGAGAUUUCAACACAGCCUUUCCCCACUGCAAGAUGUAACUCUGUGACAGAACUUAAAGAUAUGAAACAAAUGUUUAUUAAUGUAUAAUGCCUAAUGUAUUGCAUUAAUUACAUUUAAUUACAUUGCAAGUCAUUGUGGGGACAUAGUGUUUGCGCUGUAUCCUAUUUUGGUUACAUUCAGAGUCACAAAGUGUAUCACUUGCAGUUAUGGUCAGUUAAAACUGCAGUUACAACACAGACAAUUGUACAAAUACCGGCUUUUUGUAGAACCCGGGUGGGCUCUAUGCUUUUGUAUAUAAAAGUUGUGUAAAAAUUCCCCUUCAUGUUUCUAUCAUUUGAAAAUGAGAGCUGGUUUAAUUUGACUCUGGGCCACUGUGGCUCAGAGGUAUAGCGGGCGUCUUUAAAUCAGAAGAUUGGCAGCAGGACAUUCCCGAAGGCUGUGCCUACGGAGAAUGAAUGGGUGUGAAUGGUUUGUUAAACCUGAUGGGCAGCUGGCACAUUGCAUGGUAGCCCCUGCCAUCAGUGUUUAAAUGGAUGUGAAGAGGUGAAGUCCACUUACCAUUUAAAUUGACCUUGAGCAUUUACACUGCAGGUGCUUGUGUUAUUGUCUUUUAUGGUAUUCUUGCAAUAUUAUAUAUUCACUGUGUCUUUCUUAUAAAGUCCAAGCCAUUGUAUCCUAUGCAGCAAUGAAUAAACAUUGUCAUACAAACAA